AUGUUUGCGAUAGACAAUGGAAGUGUUGGCCAAAAACAUGAAAAAAGUGCACAUCUGGCUGAUCGUAAAUUGUUUGCAAUUGGAGGAAUUCUAAUGUGUUUGAUGGGAGCCGCCACACUUUUGUAUGCAAACAUGCCUGAAUUAAAAGCCGAUGAACGCGCAGACUUUAAAUUACCGAAGGAUUUGGAUCAGGCUAAAAAACUGGGUCUACUGUUAUCAAGAUAUAAAGAUGAACAUUUUUAUACGGUGUUAUUUGGUGUGGCCACAGUCUAUAUUUUAUUACAGUCAUUUGCUAUACCCGGCUCAAUCUUCUUAUCGAUUCUUUCCGGCUAUCUUUUCCCAUUUCCACUUGCGUUAUUGAUGGUUUGCUCGUGUUCGGCUUGUGGUGCUCAAAUAUGCUAUUUCUUGUCGCAUCUUCUUGGUCGACGUCUCAUAAUGACAUAUAUUCCAGAACGAGUUCAAAAGUGGCAAAAUGAGGUGGCCUCAGUGGAGAAUUAUCUAUUCUUUUAUAUGGUGUUUCUACGUGUGACACCAGUUUUACCGAACUGGUUCAUCAACUUAGCAUCACCAAUCAUAGACGUUCCAGUACCAGUGUUUUUCUUUGGCACAUUUUUGGGUGUCGCACCACCAUCGUUUAUAUUCAUUCAAGCCGGCACCACACUGCAAAUGCUCACCAGUACGGGUGUUAUGUGGUCGUACUCGUCUAUCUCAAUGAUCACUUUCAGUGCUUUCGUUUCACUUUUGCCCAUUUUUUAUCAACAAUAUUCAAAACUCUAUAAGACCAAAGAAAGCAAUAAUGAAAUCAAGACGACCGUCAGUAGUAAUUCUGUGUUCAAAGGAUUGAAAAAAAAACUUCAAUAA